AUGGUAGACCGUGCUGGCAUGCCCGCGCACAACCGCACCACAUCCAAAAGGAGGACGUCACGUGUUGACGCAAAUCUCCUCGGCCCGGAGCACCAGGCCGCGAGAUUUGCGACGGACCAACACAAGGGAGCCCACACGCAAGAAAAUCCAACGCCACGCGUGGAUAUAGUAACCAAGGAAGGCACAUAUGAUGGUGAGAUUCACAACCCAUAUAUAUAA